AUGGGGAAAAAGAAGAGAACUGUUAAAUCAAAAAAGAACUCCCUGGUCAUGCCCCCGAGGAGGUGCUUCAACAAUUACCGAGUUCCCGUGUAUGUGCCUCUGAACCCCCGAGAUCCUCUUGGACUCGAGAACCCCGAGGCGAUGGAGAGACCCGAAAUCAUCAUCAAGAAAAUAUAUCGUCCUCGUAGGAGGUCCAAGUCGACUUCGAAAACGGCACGGAGACAAAACCUGGCGACCAACCCGGGGAAAUAUCCAUUCGGGAAUUGCCCUUAUUUUUACGCGAAUCGGAAUCCCCUGGGAGACAAUCGAGUGAGGGUGAUGGAACGGGCGUGGUUUGAGGGCAAGUCAGUGCUGGACGUGGGAUGCAAUAUCGGGUCACUCACGCUCGCCGUGGCACUCCAGUUCCAGCCCCGGAGGAUUACGGGUAUCGACAUUGACCCCACCCUCAUCUCCUCUGCCUGGCGGAACAUUAAGAACUACAAAACUGGUAUUCCAGUGUAUCCACGUGUAGAUGACAAGCCCGAUAUGGUCAACACGUUCUUCCCCGUCAAUGUUGAGUUUCGUUGGGAGAAUUACGCGGACGAGGCAGCGGAGGUGAUUCCCGAGAAGUACGACCUCAUUCUGGCCCUCAGUGUGAUCAAGUGGAUUCAUCUCGCCUUCGGGGACGACGCUCUCAAACGCUGCUUUAAGCGGUUCUUCACUGAACUGAAACCCUCGGGCUUGCUGUUGCUGGAAUAUCAAUCCUUGCAUUUCUACCAAAGGAGAAAAAACUGUUCUGUACUGCCCGUCUUUUACGUUGUAGACCCAAACUCGGUUCAACUUUGA